AUGUUUGAUGGUAACAAUGACAUAAGAAAAGAGUCGAGAAGAAAGGAUAUAAAAGCACACUUGAGCGGGUCAGUGGGUAUUAUAGAGUUGACAAAAAUGACUGUUAACAUUAACAAGAAUAAUUUGCUUCGAUUUGAAGCCGUUAAAUCGUUUAGAGUGUCGGAUAAAGAGCUUGCGCCUAUCACUUCGGUUUGUUUCGAUGACCAUGGACAAUAUUUAUUGACAGCAAGCGCGAACGAUAAUAUGCAUCUAUACGAUGCGGUAAGCUGUCGGUUUUUGAAUACUAUAGCAUCAAAGAAGUAUGGGUGUCAUUCUGCCAAGUUCACGCAUGCUCAGUCUGAGUGUAUAUAUUCAUCGACGAUGAAAUCUUUUGAUAUUCGUCAUUUAAACCUCGAAACGAACACUUAUCUCAGGUAUUUCCAGGGCCACGGGGCUCUUGUAAGUGACAUUCAGAUGUCUCCUAUUGACGAUACUUUUCUUUCUGCUUCAUACGAUGAGUCUGUUCGGUUGUGGGACUUGAGAUCAUCCAAGGCACAAGCACUUAUACCAAGUUUAGUUCCAACAUGUAUUGCAUACGAUCCAAGUGGGCUUGUGUUUGCGAUUGGGAAUCCUGAAAACCACGAGGUUGGGUUAUACAAUGUAAGACAUUUGAAGGCUGGCCCAUUUUUAGUGAUAAAGGUGGAUCCCAACUUCCACCAGUGGAACAAGCUUGAAUUUUCGAAUGACGGUAAGUAUAUUUUGCUGGCUUCUUCAGCUGGAAAGCACUUGAUAAUGGAUGCAUUCGAUGGGUCACAGCUCUUUGAGUUGGCUGGCACCAAGCCUUUCCCAUUAAGAGAAUUUAUGGAUUCCGGCUCAGCAACAUUCACUCCAGAUGGACGAUUCACACUUGGUACCGAUUACAGCGGUAAAAUUGCUGUGUGGAACCAUGCCGAAGUUGUGAGCGGAAGAACUCUAAAACCACAAGGGUUCAUAAAUGCUCCACCAAACGCGUGUCCAAGAACUAUUGCAUUCAAUCCUAAAUACAGUAUGUUUGUCACUGCCGAUGAGACUGUAGAAUUCUACGUAUAUAAUGAAUAA